CGGGAGGCGGCGGGAGCGCGGCGGCGGCGCAGCCGGGCCUGCGCCGGGCUCGGGGUCGGGCGGCGGCGCGGCCGCGGGCGAGUCGUGGUACCUGGCGCUGCUGGGCCUGGCCGAGCAUUUCCGCACGUCCAGCCCGCCCAAGGUGCGGCUGUGCGUGCACUGCCUGCAGGCCGUGCUGCCCCGCAAGCCCCCGGCCCGCAUGGAGGCCCGCACGCACCUCCAGCUCGGCUCCGUGCUCUACCACCACACCCGCAACGGCGACCAGGCCCGCGGGCACCUGGAGAAGGCGUGGCUGAUAUCCCAGCAGAUCCCACAGUUUGAAGAUGUGAAGUUUGAGGCAGCCAGUUUGCUGUCGGAGCUCUACUGCCAGGAGAACUCCGUGGACACGGCCAAGCCCCUGCUGCGCAAAGCCAUCCAGAUCUCCCAGCAGACUCCCUACUGGCACUGCAGGCUGCUCUUCCAGCUGGCUCAACUCCACACGCUGGAGAAGGAUUUGGUGUCAGCCUGUGACCUGCUGGGCGUGGGGGCGGAGUACGCGCGCGUGGUGGGCUCCGAGUACACCAGAGCCCUCUUUCUGCUCAGCAAGGGGAUGCUGCUGCUGAUGGAGAGGAAGCUGCAGGAGGUUCACCCGCUGCUGACGCUGUGUGGGCAGAUCGUGGAGAACUGGCAGGGCAACCCCAUCCAGAAGGAAUCCCUCAGGGUCUUCUUCCUGGUCCUGCAGGUCACACAUUACUUGGAUGCUGGCCAGGUGAAGAGCGUGAAGCCGUGCCUGAAGCAGCUGCAGCAGUGCAUCCAAACCAUCUCCACCCUGCACGACGACGAGAUCCUGCCCAGCAACCCCGCCGACCUCUUCCACUGGCUGCCCAAGGAGCACAUGUGUGUGCUGGUCUACCUGGUGACAGUGAUGCAUUCCAUGCAGGCAGGCUACCUGGAGAAGGCUCAGAAGUACACAGACAAAGCCCUCAUGCAGCUGGAGAAACUCAAAAUGCUGGACUGCAGCCCCAUCCUGUCCUCAUUCCAAGUGAUUUUGUUGGAACACAUCAUCAUGUGCAGGCUGGUCACAGGACACAAAGCCACAGCCCUGCAGGAGAUUUCCCAGGUCUGCCAGCUGUGCCAGCAGUCUCCCAGGCUCUUCUCCAACCACGCUGCCCAGCUGCACACGCUCCUGGGUCUCUACUGCAUCUCUGUCAACUGCAUGGAUAAUGCAGAAGCACAAUUCACUACAGCACUGAGGCUCACAACCCACCAGGAGCUGUGGGCGUUCAUUGUCACCAACCUGGCCAGCGUCUACAUCCGGGAGGGGAAUCGGCACCAGGAGCUCUACAGUUUAUUGGAAAGGAUAAAUCCCGACCACAACUUCCCAGUGAGUUCCCACUGUCUGCGGGCUGCAGCCUUCUACAUCCGAGGGCUCUUCUCCUUUUUCCAGGGAAGAUACAACGAGGCCAAGCGCUUUUUGCGGGAGACGCUGAAGAUGUCGAACGCCGAGGACCUGAACCGCCUGACGGCGUGCUCGCUGGUGCUGCUGGGCCACAUCUUCUACGUGCUGGGCAACCACAGGGAAAGCAACAACAUGGUGGUGCCAGCCAUGCAGCUGGCCAGCAAGAUCCCAGACAUGUCCGUGCAGCUCUGGUCCUCCGCCCUGCUCCGGGACCUGAACAAGGCGUGUGGCAACGCCAUGGAUGCCCACGAGGCCGCCCAGAUGCACCAGAACUUCUCCCAGCAGCUGCUCCAGGACCACAUCGAGGCCUGCAGCCUCCCUGAGCACAACCUGAUCACGUGGACGGAUGGACCCCCCCCAGUGCAGUUCCAGGCCCAGAACGGCCCCACCACCAGCCUGGCCAGUCUGCUGUGAGCUCCAGGAAAACUAACUCCAGGAAAACUCCAGGAUAUCCACCAACAACAUCCUGGAAGGGGAAGAAAAAAAAAAAAGAAAAAAAGCAUCAAAAACUUGGGAAAAGAAACAAAAAAAAAAUCCAUGGAAAAGCUUCAGAAUUCCCUCUGGUAGUGAGAAAAACCCAGGAAUUUUCCAGGGAUUCCCAGAGCCUCCGGAGCUGCUUUUCCAGGUGGGAAUGUCCAGGUGAAUCCCAAGGUUUGAUCCUGGAGGGAAUUGCCAGGGCAAGCUGGGAAUCCUCGGGGAUAAGGGGAUGAGGAAGUCAUGGAUUGGAUUCCCAGCUGGAAUUCCCCGAGGGGAAAUUCCCAUUUUUUUGGGAAGGAGGAAUUCCAGGAUUUCCUGGGAUGUCCCUCCCUGCAGCCACAGCUCUCCCCGUGCUUUUGGGAUUGGCAAAAAUCCGGAGUUUUCCUGCUGAUCCCAAAUUUUUCCAAGCUGAAGGCACCACCUGUGCCUUAAGAAUUCCCAAAUCCUGGGAAUAAAUCCCAAUCCAGAGGUUUGGGAUGGAAUUCCAGCCUUGCCCUUGGCACAAAAUUUCUUUUUCCAGGUUAAAUUCCCUGGUUUUAGCCCAGUUUUUUGGAUUUCCCAGAGAUCUGGGAAUGCUGGAUCCCAGCAGUGCCUGGGGUGGAACUGAGUUGUUUUUUCCCAGCUGGAAUUUCUCCAGAUUUCUGGGAAAAACCUCUGGAAUUGUUGGAGAGAGGAAAACAGAAGCCGUGGAACUGCCAGAGAUUUUUGGGAAUUUUCAAUCCCACCUGGAUGGGAAGGAACCUCAAAAUCCCUUUACAUUUCCCUCAUUCCCAUAAUUGGUUUUUCCCAAAUCCCAUCUUUUUCCAGUGCAAGGAAUUUUUUCCACCCAAAUUCCUCAAUUUCUCCCUCUGGAAUUCAUUCCAGGGAUGAGGGGUUUUUUGGUACCAUUCCCAAAAAUUUGCAUUUUCCAGGGUUUUUUUUCUAUGGAAGUCCUGGUCCUAAGUCUGCAAAGGAUCUGGAAAUCCCUGGAAGUUUUGGGGACUGAGGAUUGGGAGUUUUUAUUCCAGAUUUUAUUUUUUUUUUGGGGGAUUAAGGAAAACCCUCAGUGCCACUGGAACUGAAAAAAAAAAGCAGGGAAAAAAAUCCCCCAAAAUUCCCAAAUCCAGGGAUUUUCCAGCCUGAAUCCAGGGCUGGAAUUCCUGUGGGGAAACUCCUGGGGUUUUUUUGGGAUCCCACAGAGACAGAACCAUCCCAGGAAUUUGGGAUCUGGGGAUUUUCAUCAGGAACUGGGGGAGUUUUCCCAGUUUUUCAGUUUUUUGGGAAGUACAUUCCCAGGUUUUAUUUCCUCUCGAGUGCAACAGUUCCUUGGAAUCUUUUUCCUUGGAAUUUUCCUGGCUUGGGAAAGGCUGACAUUCCCAAAUCCCAGCCAGGAAAUCCAAAUUUUCCUUUCUAACUCCAGAAUAUUCUGCAAUUUCAGGCCCAACUCAGAUCCAGCUUGGAAUUUUGGGCUCAAAUUCCCAACUUCUGGGCUGGAGAAGCCUCGGGAUGAUCCCAAUCCCAGGGCAGGGACACUUCCACUAUUCCAGGCUGCUCCCACCUGCAUUUGAGCACUUCCAGGGCGGCCAAACCCCACAAACUUUGGGGAAAAACCCGGAAAAAAAUGGGGAAAGAAUUGGGAAAACUCCCAAUUGCGGAGAGCUGUGGUUGGGGCUGAGCUUUGGGAAUUCCCCAGGUGGGAAAAGAUCCUUUCCCACCCCCCAGAGACGCCGAGGAAGGAGCAGAAUUCCCAAAAAUUCCCCAAAAUUCCCAAUUUUCCGCCUUCAGUCUCCUGUAAAAAUCCAUCAGAAUCGGUGAAAGAGCCGGAAAAUCCCUUGGGAAUUCUGGUGGGGAUUGGGGUGGGAGCUCUGAGCUGAUCCAGCUCCCGGAAUUCCCAAAUUCCCGGCGGAAAUUCCAAUGUACAGAGCUUUUUACCAUUGUAUAUUAAAUUAUUUAAUAGCUUUU